GGGAUAUGAGCCUCAAGCCCAUAAACCCCUGCGCUUGUUCGUCGCGUGCACUGCCUUUCAUAUAGUGACUCGCACGAAAUUUUUUUAUUAGCGCCUGGGGACGAGGCAGACUGUAUACUGGUUAGCACUAUUUUCCAUCCAGCAAACUGACCUGACGUCAUUUUCGCAAGAUAGAAGAGGUGUUAAAUGGCUAUGUAACUAACCCAAACCCCACCCCUACUCUAAUCCCUAACCUUAACCUCAACUCUAACCCUAACCCUAACCCUAACCCUAACCCUAACCGAAUUAAUAAAAAAAUCCAAAAAGAAACGACUUUACAAAAUCGAUAGGGCGGUUUGCUGGAUGGAAAAAAGUGCUAACCCUGUAUACUAUGAUACAUGUAUACUAUAUUGUUUUAAAAUUUCAGAUCUAAUAUUACUACUGCAUUUGUCAAAACGAACUGGGGACUUUUAAGAGUUUCGCAAUCAAAUGGGUAGGUUGAUCGAGUUGAAAACGAAGAUAAUAUAAAAAAUGUUCACGAUAAUAUAAAAAAUGUGCAUGUUAUUAAUAUUCAAUUUGUGUAUGGUCUUUGUAGGUGAUACUGUAGCCUGCGUAACAGGCGUUUACAAAAGGAACUUCAACAUUUCGUCUGAAACGUCAAUGUUCUCUUUGUAUUUCAAGUAGUUUAUUUUCAAAAUGUUAAAUAUAAUCAGGAUUUUACAUGAUAUUCUAUAAGCGUGUGUUAUACACUUCAUAAAUUUCUAAAACAUUUGGCAUCUUGGAAUAUAUUUUAGUGGAUAAAAAUACUGUUUUGCGUUCCUGUAAUUGUACAAUUUUAAUCAUAUAAUAGCAAUUCUAUUUCUUAAUGUUUAGGACAAAUAUUAUCGAGGAACGAAUGUUUCAGAGAAUCAACAACCUUAAGGCAGAUUCUAUUAUUGUAUCGGCUCCAUAUAAUGAUGGUAAAUAGCAACUUAAUACUGAACUAUAUACCCAAUGUAUAACAUUGUUGAAACUAAUUAAUAAUUCAUGAAGAAAACACAAACGAAAUCAUGACCGUGAAGGAAUUUGUAUAUCUGGUGACAAAAUGAUUUUAAAUUUAAUUUUUUCACCAUAUAUCAUUCAUUUAUUUUAAAUUUAUGUUCUCACCAAGAAGUCUCACAAGCCAUUUACAGCAUUCGCGUCCGUUUUCUAUCGGAUAUACAAACUUGCACCUUCGGCUCAAGUUUGUACAAUGCGGUCGCUCAUAUUGUGAAUAGUAUACUGAUAUCUUCCUUCAUUAGUGAAACACUAUAAACACUAUAUUUUUUUUGAAAACUUUGAAAGAUUCCACCAGUCUAGUCCAGAAAAACGUCUGAAAAUAUUAAUGUAUAUUUUCAUUAGAAUAUUAGAAUAUAGAGAAGGUAUAGUUUCCCAACUUCUCCGAAGAAACUUUUUAAUUGACAACCCCUUCUUGCUCAAAAAAGUAGAGGCAGCUGCAACAUUACCUUGUCCUAUAUAUAAGAACAUAACCAUUUCCUAAUUCCGUUUGAAUUAACCAUCUCGUAUUUUGAUUUAAGGUAAAUCAGAUGGAAUUUCGUCAAAUCUGUUCGUUUACCAAGGAAUCCACAUAAACGUUUCCAACUUCAGCAUAACUCCUGCUGGUUAGAGACCUUCCAUGCAUACGUUUUAGAAUACGUCUUGAUUUCAGUGUAUAGUGAAUUAAGAUUUAUAGCCACAUUUUUCAAACAGAGCAGAAUUUCUCUGUGCAAAAAAGUUGAUUUCAUCUGGUUUUGCAAAUUUUUGUUUUGCACAAAGUUGAAAAGUGUACAUAUUCCAAGACACAUUCUAUAUUAUUAUUAUUAAUGUUUACCCUGCAAUCCUAGGACUGGCCUUGAACGGGUUAGUUGGGUUUUGGCUUCACUAAUAGCUGACUUGUUUAAUCAGCAAAUCAGCAUAAGCCAAACUGCGACAAAGGAUUACAGUGUAUAUAUAAACAUGGAUUAUCAUUCUGUUUACGCCUGCAAUGAUGAAACUGUCAAAUUUUCUUUUAUAUGUAAAAUAUUUAAUAUUUUUCUUCACCGACUUUAUACUUUAGUAUCUGGUUUCCAAAUAAACGAAGAAAUAUUCUUGAAAGAUUAUUUAAUGAACUUAUCGUCAAAGGUACAAGCACUGAAGUUUCUAUUUGCAUGAUUGAUGAAGCAAUUAGAGAAAGUUCACUUUCGUGUUUUGUUGGUUCAUGUAUCACGCCUGUUGUUAUUUCUGUUUUUGAAACUAAAAAAAUGAAAUAGAUAUAUAGUGAUGAUUUCACAUCGCGAAUGCUAGAGAACAGGUUUACUUCAUGGCUUUGCACUCCCUUUGGUUGGUGUCAGGAGAAGAACUACUCCAGACUACAUGCAGUAUUUAAUAUUUUUAACUUUAUUCAUAUUUCAUACCAACAGGAUAGCUAUCAUGUUUAUCUUUUGGAUGAAAAUGCGUUCAUUGUCAGUUCUAGUCUCAGUAAUAACGACACUAAGGUAAACACACUGGAUACUUUAAACUGAUUGUAUUGUGUAUGAGUAUUAGAGGCUUAGCUUUUCUUGAACUUAAUUAUAAGUGGACAUUAUUCGGUAAACACGAAGCUAAAAUUUACGUGGUUUGUGAUUGGCUUCACGUAUAACUACAGCUAUACCAGAAUUAAAGCACGUAUAUAUAUAGUCAAUAACCUUUAAAAACAGAUACAAUAUAAUGGUGCAUGAUUUAAUAUCCAUACGUGCUUUAAUUCUGGUAGCUAUGUGACGUCAUCAUGAAAGGGGUCCAUACUGCACCACUUUGCUUUUUUACUUAUAUUAUUUAAUUAAAUAAUUUCUACAGAAUGUUUGUGGCCAAUUUUUUGGAAGUGUUGACUGGGAGCUAAUGUCAGAAUUGGAAAAGGGCAAUGAACCUUUAUACACAAGGUGGGUAAUUUUUAUAUGUAGAGAUGCUUAGAUCGUUGAACCAAAGAUAACGAAAAUGACUUGUAUUUUGUUCUUAAGAGAUGUAAUUAGGUAAUUCAAGUAGUAGAACAUAGAACGUUCAGGGGCCGGUUGCACCCUGGUUAUACGAAGGCUCGCGAUAGCGCUUUUUUUCAACUGACUUUUCUAAAAUUGGUUGUGGAUUGCUAUAACCCAGAUUAAAGUUUGGGUUUUAUAAAUUUGGGUUCUAUAUCCAUACAGUUUCACAGAUUUCAGUCGUUUAUAUACAAAGGUUGAAAGAAUCACUAUCCAGCCAUCGUAUACAAGUAAUACAACUGACGUUAUACCGACCCCGGAAAAUGACUAAUGAAUACUAUUUUUGGAAGCGAGUUUUUUUUUCUUUAUACUGUAUUAUAUUCGGUAGGCCUAUAUUCAGAAAAGGUUUUGAUAAGCAUUUUAUAGUACAAUAGUAGUUUUAAUUAUUUAAUUACUAGGUUAUAAUAACGUCUGUAACUUGUAGUUAAUAACUUUUGUUUUCCUGACGACAUCGUUUAGAUUUACGUUAAGAAAUGAACAGGGAGAAUGCCUUGAAUACCCUUCAAAAUCAAGCAGCUCUACAUUCAAUUAUCCAUUUUAUUCGACAUUAGCUUCAUCCUUUACUUCUUGGGCAAAGAACGUUCUUGCGUAAGUAUACAGCCAGGAUUUCAUAGAAAUUUCGUUAUUUAAUUUUUAAACCUGUCACUGAUAAUAUAAAUUAUGCUUCUUUAUAUUGAACCUUAUGUUAUUCAUUCUUACCAUAAUUUGUGUUACAAUAUAUCUUUUUUUCGCAUUGCAAAUUUUUGAAUGGUAAUAAAUUUCUUCUUCUUCUAUUCUUGCUCUUAACACCUGUAGCGUACGACCCUUCCCUCAGUCAAAAUCUUUACUCAGGUCGCAAAAAGCCGAUGAAUACACUGUGCCUGACUUAUAUUUAUUUGGUUUGGUUUGCUUGUUGUUUUUUUUAUAGAUGCCUUCUUCAUCUCAAUCUAUACAAGUAAGUUUCAUGAUAUUUUGAGGUUAUUAAUUGGUUACCAAAAUAUUUAACAUGAACACAUUUAAUUCAAUAUUAUUCUGGGAAUGGCAGCGAAAAUACACUUAUAUACUCACUUGAGAUUUGUAUUGUUUUCAGUUUAUUAUUCGCAGAUGCAGCAACAACAGGUACGUUAAAAAUCACAAUGAUAUUUUUUCAUUAAUUUUGUUCAGCUUAAAGAUAAAUUAUAUAGUGAAGUGAAUUAUUAAUCUCGAUCAAAAUGUCAGGUGAUUAACUGUUACACCUUUCUUUUACCUCUUCAUCUAACUGUUAAGUUAAAAGUCUCUGAUCAGAACAUUGUAACAAUGUAUGCCAUAUAAUUCUCAAAUUCAUUAAUAAUUCAUGAGCAAUCCAGCCAAUGAUAAUCACCUAUUUGAUCACAAGAUGCCAUUUGGAUAACCCGGUGAAACUUGAUGAAAGUCACUAGUGUUUUCAUCAAAUGUCUUAAUUACGCGUGCAAAAUUACUUGAAUAGAAUUCCUAAUUACGUUAUUCUUGGUUAAGAAUUCUAUUCAAAUCAGCAAACGAAAACAUUCUGUUACAUCUCGAUUCAUUUGAGAAGCCAUAUAAACAACUCGAGCUCGUGUCUCACCGGGAUAUCCAAACACUCGAAAACAAUGUAUGAAAACACUCGCGCUUCGCGCUCGUGUUCUCAUACAUUGUUUUCUCGUGUUUGGAUAUCCCGGUGAAACACUCGCUCUCGUUGUUCAUAUAUUACAUGACAGUUAUCUGGCUAUCUGUACUAAUUGCCAGUGCCGGUUCCUAUACACCUUUACUCCUUUAGAGUGAAAUUCAGUGAAUCGAAUAUUAUUUUAUCACACCCCAGAAACAAAACUCCUGGCUAAAAAUCCCGUACGUUAACCUAGAAAUAACCCUGUUUGGGUUAACUUAACAUUCCUAGUUAAUGUUCCUGUUUAUUUUAACCUUUUUGCUGGUAAUUUUAGCUAUAUUGCCUAUAAUUUAACCAGGACUUCUAGCUGGUUAAAUUGACCAGAUUAUGUUGCAGUAGGUGGAUUUUGGUUCUUCAUUAUUAGAAAGUGCAGUUCGCCACCAACCUGUAUGAACAGGUUUUGUCGGUAAUUAUAGUUGAUUAUAACAAUGAAAUAAACACCAAUCACAAAACACGUUCAUUUUGGAUUGGUAUUUUCCCGAUAAAAUCUUUCUUCUAUUAUCUUUUACACUUAACUUCACAGACCUUUAUUCUUUAAUAUAAUUAGCAAAAAUUCCUACCGAAAAUUGUUUAUUCGCUCAGUGUUUAAUAUAAAAUGUCUAUUGCCAAGGACUGUCGUAUUCUUCGAAUCGGUUCAUCUAAGAUAUUUGCUUCUCAAAACAAGGAACUAUAUAUAGGAGCUGUCAAACAUCCUAAUUAUUACCAUGCUUCGUUUCUAGUUACUCAAAACGUUCAAUCACCGACGAACAGAAGUUGUGUCACAAAUAUGACGGCGUAUUAUGGCAAUAUUACACGUUGGAAAUCUUAUAGUGGUGAGUAACAUUUAAAAAUUAUCGAAUGCGGUUGAAAAUUCUUCAUAUUUUGCGAAAACUCGAAUUAAAUAAUUGUUUUAUUACUUUUUAAAAGACGAAUAAGACGUCCGCAUCUGCGGAUUCAAUUCGUCGAAAUAAUGACCAUGCAGUUAUUUUGUCUCAUUUGCAGAAAAUCUUUCCUUUUUUCUUUCAUAAGUACGUUAAGAAGUUUCAAACCUUUUCUGGAUGUUUUCGUUGAUAUUCUUCUUUGUAUUUUAACAGUUUUUUCCUUUAAACAUGGCUGAUAUUGGUUUGGUCGUGUUUCCAUGCACACUUCAUAUUCGCAUUUCCACAACAUGACGUCAUAAUGUUGAAUAUGAUUAUCAUAUUUAACCUUAUGACGUCACGCCGUUAAAUAUUAUGUCAAAAGUUCAUAUUGUGUCAGCUAUUGAGAUAUGACAAUUUCACAGUUGGUUCUGUGUUAAUAUAUACACCUGAGAAAUAUUGCUAUGUAAAUGAAUGAAAAUAAUAAUGCUUACUAUGGCAAGAGUGCCAAGCAUAUUUGUAACCAGGCCUAGGGUACGAUUGUGCGUAGGUUUUGUCAACAGUGAUUAUUAUUCCAUGUAGCUACUAGCUAUUGUAACUUUAACUUCUAUCAGCUAUUUAGUCAGUUGACAAUAGUUUGACAAGGAGUGCCUUAUUAUUUUAAUUAGUCACAAUUUAAUCUUUAAAAAUAACAGGCAACACGUCAUGCCUCAGUUGUGGAGAUUUUGAAGACCUGCGACAGUUUUUCGUUGCUCCUAUUCGUGGAACCAACUUGGUUUUAGUUGUGGUGGAAUAUUUUUCAGAAAAAGAAAUUUUUAAUUACACAAAGAGGACGGAUAAUAUCCCUGGCAAGCAAAGAGAAAGUAUCCUUUUACGAGUGUUUGAAGUUGAAUUCCCCUACACUACAUAUAUAUACGAAGACUGGUAACGUCAUGCAGCAGCGUAAAAACCACAUAAAAAUCUGACAGCUUGUUAACAAGAUGUGUUUGCCCUAAGCGCUUGUUCCUAAUUGUUGAUCACUAGUUGUUAUAAUCUUGUAACUAGGUUGAUGAGGCCAACAUGCAGACCUCGUAACAAAUUAGUUGAUAACAACAAGCUCGUAGCAACUUAAUACGAACAACCUGUAUUAGUUGUCCAAUGCUCUGCCAACUGAACUACUUGGUCAGGUCGGUUCGAGUAUGUGAUAUUUCGGAACUGAGUCUAGUUCCUUCUAUAUCAACGUAAUCUAGUAAUCAUGAUAUUUACUGUGUUGGUGUAAUGUACUCAGGUGAAUAAGAUGCUUGUGAUGUUACUCUGAGUGUAUAUUAUAUCCACCGUGGCCAGGCAUAUUUUUCAAGCUUGCCCGGUGUGGAUAUAUAUACACUCAGAGUAACAUCACAUGCAAGCAUCUUAUUCACCUGAGUACAGUACUUUACACCAACACAGAAAAUAUCUGUAUUAGUUGUGUUGGAACAACUUGUAACAAGUCUGUUACCAUCAUCAACUUUGUAACAAGAUGAUAACUUGUUUCGAACUUGUCAAAACAACUGGAAACAUCCUAAUAUCGGCUUGACAACAACCAUGUUACAACUAUUUUCAGGAUCGGUAACAACUUUCGUGUUUUUACGUGUGUGCAAACAUGCGUCUCGCAUGAUAUACUCACACUGAUCAUGUCGAAUUGAUAUUUUGUGACGUCAGUAGCGACCGUGCGAGAAAAAAAUUAAAACUUCCUUUGCUUCCAUGAAUUUUUGCUUCCAUGAAUUUUUGCUUUCAUGAAUUUUUAAAAUUUGUAAGUUGCAUGAUUAUAUCAACAAUAUAUUAAAUGGAGUUUUUAAAAACAAUGAAAUCUGUAGCAGAUUUCUGUAGCGAAGAAUCUGCGUUGAUAACCUUAUUCCAUAUUCACAUAUGUUUUAGAAUAUUAAAAAAUACUGAAGCUUGUUUAUAAAUUUUGAAUAUAAUCACCUAAGGAAACUCAAAUAUUCAACACAUGAAAUUACUUGCGAAUAUUAGAACUAUAUAGGGAACCACUUUAAUACAAUUAUCAGUCUCGAUUAUAGUUUAUUAUCUUUAAUCUUACGUGACAUACAGUUCAAAUCCAAGAUGUCACGUGUAAUUCAUAUUCAAAAUUACCUCGUGGUCAUCCUGAAAGAUGUGUUUUAUCACAAAGUGAGGUCAGUAUGACGAUGUGCAAUUAUUCGUUAAGCAGUACAGUUGUGGAAAGCGAAAAAGUCGAAUACGAGCGCGAAUGGCUUGCUGGGAAUCGCUAACAAAUUAAUGAAUUUUUUAGCGAUUCCCAGCAGCCUUUCGCGCUUGUAUUCGACUUUUGCGCUUUGCGCGGGGACAACCUUAAUUGAAAUAGCUGUAUGCAAUCAUUAUCUGAUAUGCAAGGUGGGAAGCUCGAUGUUUUGUGAAAAAGUUAUAGCCCCCCCCCCCCCCGGUAACGAUCGCGAACAUAUCAAGAUGACGGGUGUAAUAGUGUGUCACUGGCGAUACCUCUGAAAUCAGUAAAGAAUGAUUUGCAUACAUUUACAGACAAUUUCACGUCGUCGAACACGACCUGAUUAUGACCAAUGAGAACCAUCCAUGCAGACUUAGACUCCGUUUACACCGCUGUACCGGAUUCGCUGGUCAGUGAGUGGUCACGACAUCUUCGUUUGCUGCCCAGGAGCAACGUUUAAUUAAGGUUACAGGACACCCUUUUUGGCGUUUUGUGGAAAAUCGCUACUGCGCGCUCAAAAUCAGUCCGAUUUUCAUCAAAUUUUCACCAAAUGUUAGCCGGUGCAUGCAAAAUAUGAUAAAGUUGUAAAAUUGACAAACAAUAAAUUAAUGUAAGAAUUGUUCAGGAAAAUCUUAAGUCGCGGUACCUUUACGAUUUUGAAUUAUGUUCCUGCUGGUUUUAAGAUAUAUUUAUGAAAAUAUCAUUUUAAUACAGUAAAAUAGUUGUUCUAAAAAAUUGUGUUCGGAAAUUUUUGUUUAUUUCGUCAUUCCGCUCAUAUGGCGAUUUCUUUGACCACUGCAAUAUAUUUCUGAAUCGUUUGUGUGAAUUGCUCCUUAUUAUUAAAAUAUCCAAAAUUAGAACAAAGCCGAACACAAUUUUGAAACUUACGUCUUUAGCUUUGCCUAUGUCCUGUGAAAAUUUGAGAAAAAUUCGUUAAAACCCGCAGGAGCACAACUCAUUUAAAAAUCAGUAAUUGCCGUAAAAUUCUUCGGGAGAAAAUUGAAUUUGAAUAUUACAUUUUCAAUGUUUUUCUUAUUGCAAGCGAAAUGUAUUUUAUUAAAUAAGUCUGCGAGUUUUCAACAUUUUUCGUUCACACUUGGUCAGAUAGUAGAACUAGUGAAGUCUAAUGCUUUCAUGAAAACCAAUAAAAACAUUUUAGGCAAAAUUAACACUCAAAGGUGUUCUGUAACCUUAACAACAAAGGUUUACUCUUUCGAUAACGUCCGUAUGUUACUACCAUUAUAAAUGUUUAGCCUAUUUCAUUGACUGUUAGAACUGAUGUCGUGACCAGCGAAUCCGGUACAGUGUAAACAGGGCCUUAGUCACUGUGAAGGGUGGACGAUUAAAUAUCGUUGGAGGGGUGGGAGGUCCCAAAAACAAAUUCAUGCAAAGAGUAGAAUUUGAAAAAGCAUCUAGGGAAAGGAAAAAAUCCUGCAAGUACAUGGAAUGUACAAGUAUUAUAUAGAAAAAAUUCAUGCAAAGUGGCUUCUAACCGUAAAAAUUUCGACAAAGCUUCGAACUUAAAAAAUUUUGCAAGGAAAAUUUCCCAUUUCCUCCCCUCUAAUGGUCCACCCUAAUGUCAUAAAAACGAGAUGUCAUGCAUACGGUUAGAAAAUUAAUUAAAUCUGAAUACAAGCGAAUACGGUCCUAAUUUUCGACAUUUACGACCAGGGACAAAUUUUCUUCUUAUAGUGGUCCGUGAUGCAUAAUUGUUAAAAAGAGUACAAUAUAAUUUCGUGUUAUAUAACUAUUUAAGAAAUAGAAAACAUUUUCCGUGUUUCUAUAGAGUUAUAGAAACACGCGUGAAAGUUUGGGAGAAAGGAGAAAUUGCGUGGGAACACGAACACGAGUGUUUCCACGCAAUUUCGAGUUUCUCCCAAACUUUCACAAGUGUUUCUAUAAACUCUAUAGGAACACGGAAAAAUGUUUUCUAUUUCCUUUAUUAAAUAGCCUUCUAAAAACAAUAAAAAAGAUAAAUUUAUUGAUUUUAAUUAUAUUCAUUCAAAUACUAAAAUAUAAAAUCCACUCAACAACGUACAUGCUUGCAAGAAAGCACUGUUUUAAAUAGUUACAGUAUUAAACGUUUAAACAUGAUUAAAAACGAUUAAAAAUGAUAGUAAGCAUGAUUAAAAACGUCGCCAGGAAAUAUUUUUUAAAAAGACAAAGUAUUAAAAUUUAAAAUAUCUUACCUUGGCAAACAGUUACAACGUAUGCUGUAUUAUAUUUUGUGCUUUAGGUCUUUGCUUUCUAAGUUAGCAAAGCGUUGCCUUUUUUUACGGUUCUUCGGCGUUUUCGGACGUUUUUCCACUUUUUUUCAAUGUUAAAUAUUGUUUGUUUGUAUUUUGUUUAAACUCCCGCGCAAUCCACGUAACACGCGUGAAAAUUUGUAUACCGAGUUGUAGAAACACGGUUUUUUUGAGCUUUUGACCAAUCAGCGCCCGUGUUUUUAAAAGGCUAUUUUGUAAAGGAGUAUAUAGGACACCGUUACUUAAUUUCCUUGCCCUUGAUCAUCAGUUUAUUCAAUUUUAUAGGAAACACAAUAUAGUUGUGGAAGGGCGAAGAUCUUGGAACCAACUACAUAUUAUAUCAUAUUACAUAUCUUGUAUCACAUAAUACAGCUUGAAAGCUGAGGAGCAGGUCAAUUUCAAACAUGUUACACUGUAAAUUAAUCUUCUUUCAAUAGUAACAGCACAGAAAAGUUAAUAUAUACAGUAUACAAUUUGCCAGAUAAUCUUGCUGAACGCUUGUUUAUAUAAAUCCAAUUCGCACUCAGUUUUAGUUAUAUCUACAGGGUGUAUAAAAAAAGGUACUCCAAGUUUAGCACAUGCCAUUGUAGCUACGUUAAUUGUAUGAACGUAAUUUUUCCCGCAUAUAAUCAUAAAGAUCAGGCUUUUGGCUGUUGAAUGAUAUGUUUUUCAUCCAUUAAUCAUUAUACAGGGUGUAUCAAAAAAAACUGAACCCUUUCAAAUUCAAAUUAGCUAUAACGUAUUGUAGUAAUUUGACAGCUCUAAUUGCCUUGAAUUAAUGGUUGGGUAAGAACACAAGGAAUACUGUAUUUCUUUUAAAUUUUCUAAUUUUUAUUUCUUUGAGUUUUGUCGCAUGAGUACAAGACCUUGUGUUCUUAUCCAACCAUUAAUUUAAAGCAAUUAGAGCUGUCAAAUUACUACAAUACGUUAUAGCUAAUUUGAAUUUGAAAGGGUUCAGUUUUUUUUUUAUACACACUGUAGAGAACGUGCAACUGAGCAAAUACGAGUCCGCAAAAUAGUUUGUAGAAAUCGCAUAUAUUUUCAGUCAAAUUCGCCUAAUUAAAGCAGUCAUGCAUGCAACCUCAGAGUUGGUUUACAAGAUGUUUAUAAUAAUUAUAUGCAUAUACGCAGGUAUUUUAUUGAAGUGAAAUUCGUCAACUUAAAGUCCUAAAGGGAGUUAAUUUUCACUAGUUUUAGACCCAAUUCUCAAUUACGGUGAAAAUAUGCAUUUUCGACAAACAAUUUUUAUGUAUAUAUUUGCUCAUUUUUUCUUCAUAUUGGAUGAAAAACGUGUCAUCCUAUGCACCAAUUAGUAAUUAACGCACAAUGGCAUGCUAACAGUUGGUUACCUUUUUUUGCAUUUGAGCAACAGCUAUAACUUGAGCAACAUAUAUAAUAAUAACUUGAGUAACAUAUACAGGGUGUACAUGCAAUAUGUACAGGGGGUACACCCUGUUGAUCCUGUAUAUAUCGCUCAAGUUAUACAGCUAUUGCUCAAGUUUACGGGUCAUAGAACAGGGGCCGGUUGUACUUCUGCACGUCUGUUUAUUUUAAAACUUCAGAGAAAUAAACUCCUAUCGGUCCAGACAAGAUCUCUGAAGAAAUAUUUCAAAAUUUAUAGACAAGCUGUCAGGAAGUUUGCUUUGAAUUUUAGGCCGUUAACCUAGGGUUAAUCUAACCCAACUUUGAACAACUGGCCCCUGGGCAAUAGUAAUUGUAAAUAACCUAAUAUUAUUUGUAGUAAUAUUAUUUUAUAAAAUUUUUGAAUACAUCAUUCCACUUUGUCUUUGCUAUGGUUAACUUGGCAAAUCAUUGUUUUUGUCUUGUUUUGUGAAC